UGGUACCUUGAUGACUGUGAUGACGACUGAUAAAGACCUUCCGACUUGCUAGCUCUCAUUAUCAUAAUUCCGAAAGUUGAUGCUUACUGCCAGAACUACACACGUAUAACAGCACCACAACUUUCUAAUGUAGAAUUCGAGUGUAUUGGAUCAUGGCUCAAACUGAGGUUGUGAUUGUAUCCGCUGUAAGAACUCCAAUAGGUAGUUUUAUGGGAUCACUCUCGCCUUUAAGAGCACAUGAUCUUGGAAGUGUUGCAAUCAAGGAGGCCCUGAAAAGAGCUGGUGUUGAUGGGAAGGAAGUCUCGGAGGUCAUCAUAGGACAGGCAUUAACUGCAGCUCAAGGCCAAAACACAGCAAGACAAGCAGCGAUUUUAGCAGGGGUUCCAGUCCAUUCAUCAGCAUGGUGCGUCAACAUGCUUUGUGGGUCAGGUCUUAAAUCUGUUACUUGCGGAUAUUCAGCUAUCAAGAGUGGAGAGGCUUCUAUUGUAGUCAGUGGAGGCCAAGAAAGCAUGAGCCAAUCACCCCAUGCUGUUUUUAUGCGGUCGGGAAUUAAAAUGUGCAAUGUUGAGCUAAUUGAUACAAUGGUUCAUGAUGGAUUGACAGAUGCUUUCGAAAAUAUUCACAUGGGAAUCACAGCGGAAAAUAUUGCAAAACUGUACAAUAUAUCUCGAGAGGAACAAGAUGAAUAUGCAGUGGAAUCCCAGAAAAAAACAGAGGUUGCCCAGAAAAAUGGCUAUUUUUCAAAGGAAAUAGUUCCAGUUACAAUCAAAUCUAGAAAAGGAGAUAAUGUCAUAUCAGAGGAUGAAUAUCCUAAACAUGGAUGCACCCUAGAAUCUCUUGCAGAACUGAAACCAGUGUUUCUUAAAGGUGGGUCAGUGACUCCAGGGAAUGCAUCAGGACUUAAUGAUGGUGCUGCAGCAGUUGUUCUUAUGGACCGAGCAACUGCGGAGAAAAGAGGUGCUCCAAUUUUAGCGAAAAUAAUUGCCAUAUCUCAAGAAGGAGUGAGUCCAUCUUUGAUGGGCACCGGACCUAUACCUGCAGUCCAAUCAGUAUUGCAGAAAGCAGGCUGGUCACUGGACGAUGUGGAUCUUUUUGAGCUGAAUGAAGCUUUUGCAGCGCAGGCAUUGGCAGUCGUGCGUGAGUUGAAAGUUGAUACGUCUAAAGUGAAUAUCCAUGGAGGAGCCAUCGCAAUUGGCCAUCCCAUCGGUGCAUCAGGAACUCGUGUACUGGUUACAUUAAUAUAUGCGCUAGAAAGGAUAGGUGGGAGGAGAGGGGUAGCCAGUUUAUGUAUUGGAGGGGGGAUGGGUAUUGCCAUAGCAAUAGAAAGGUCGUAAUGCUUUUUGCUCGUUUGAGUAUAAAAAGUCUUUCAACCAUUGUUCUUCCGCCUUGAGUGAUUCACAAGACAAACUUUAGCGAUGAAGAGGUGUUUUGUUGUGCCAAAAUAUUCUUGAUGAAUUUUAGAAGUAGAAGUAAUGCCUUUUUCUGAACCCCUUCUUUUUAAAAUGACGCGCAAGUCCACACCUAUGUGAGGGAGGGGCAUGUUGAUCCAUUCCUCUCAUCACUUUUGUGUUUUUCCUCUUAAAUUGUUGUCAAGAUAUAGUAGAACUAUAUCCCCCUGUCUACCUCUCCUCCCCCCCCCCCCCACAUGAAAACGACAGAUUCACAUAGCAAGAAGCUUCACUAGUGAACUGUCCCUUCACUUUAAAACUCAGGAAGCGUCACCACCCGUAAUAAAGUGUAAAAUAAAUGUCAUAGUUCUUUCAUUCUUUCUUGACUUCUGUCCAACAGUAUUGAUAGCAAGCAGUGAGACUUGUGUCUUUACCAUCUUUGAGAUUGAGAACUGUGACUGAAGGUAGUAACACUACCAUGUGCUGAAGGUGAAAACAGUCAACUGCACAGACCAGAUAGAAAAUUAAGAAAUUAAAAACUCAUCUCAAAGAAAGUUAGGAUGAAUUAAUCAUUUAAAAAAAAAAAAUCCUGUAUUACUCACCUGAAAAUCUUAAAUCAUGUGUAGAUCAUCGAAGACAGAUAUCCUGCGUGAAAAGAAUGAAAAAGGAGGGGAAAAAUUGAUUGACCGUCCCUUAGAAUUUUGACACUUUCAACUCCUUUCAAUUUUAGAAGUCUUCCUGUACAUUCCUCUGUAUUGUAUUUCUUGCAGUAACUUUCGAUUAUUAUAAUGUUUUCAAGUCCCAAUGUAGAUUCUUGGCACGAUAAAAUCCCUGUUCACUGCUCACAAUUUUUACCAAAGAUAGUAGGAUCAUGUAAUAAGUUUUCAUAGAAGUAUGUCCCUUCAUCAUUGUUGUUUUCACCAAUGUAGCAGUUGCAUGAUCCUUGGACAGCCUCGAGACCUAAGCUUCUGGUGUAAAAUAUGCAAGAAACAAAAUCCCUAGCUAAUCGAGCUUCCUUCAUCCAAAAAAGCGUUUUGAAAAUAUAGAAUGAGAUAAGCGUUUGUCAUUGACUCCAGUUCUAUGAUACUGGUUGAUUAGAGGACUAAUAGAUUAAAUCACCGUGGAUUCCUGAGGUUUUCUUUAGAGGGGAUUCAAAUAUCCUGUACCACCAGUAUUAGACAUCGCUCUUGUAACUUUUAAAAAAAUUGAGAUCAAGAUUUGGAAUCUUGCGAGUGCUCCUAGAUCAAAGGAAAUGACUGUAUGGACCUCCGAAGACUGUCAGGGGAUCCCUCUAAAAAGGAGCAAGAAUCCCAGGGGUUGUAGGGGUGGUGCAGGACUUAUGAAUCACUUUGUAUAGAAUGCAUUUAACUGCAACACUUGUUUAUCCCAGCUAUCAAGAAUGGAUCGAGCAUCCGAAGAGAUAGUUUUCAGUUUUUAAUGAAUAGGUCAGUGUGUUUUGUUUCUUUUAGACUUGAUAUAACCAUAAAAAUUUUAGUAAAUACUCAAAAAGAUCAGAAUUUUGUGUGUUUUUUGGAGUUCUAGCCUUUUCCCUCUUUUCUGAUCCAAGUUUUGAUCAUCAGUUCAGGUUGACAUUUCUAGCUUGAACAGUAACCUCAAUUUUUCUUUCAAUAUGCAGAAUUAUUUCUUUUUAACUACACGUCAAAUGACUUAAAAAAUGUCUCGCUGGAUUCAAUUACCUUUAAAUCCAUCAAUUUUGCUCUAUUUUCAAGAAAAUAGGCAAAAAUCUCAAUUUUUCAUUUAGUCUACUCACAUGAGACUUGAACAUUUUAGCUGGCCGCUCCUGUCAAUUGAAAAAGGUUUUGCCAACACAUGCGCAAUUAUCUUUAUUAAUGCCAAAAUAUCUUUAAGUAUUCUCAUCUCUCUUACGGACUGCUUGGUAUUCCUAACACUGAUGAACACAGUAGUCUUUUGAACUUUAAAAUGAAUGGCAGGGAUUGACGUUUCACUGUAUCAAUUCAAACAAUGAAAAUAAGGUCCACGCCAGUUUCAGCUGGGACAAUUUACAGCUGCAUUUGUAUGCUCAUUUUAGUAGAAAUGAGUUUUCAGAGAAGUUAAAAUGAACUUAGAAGAAAUUCUUUUCUCAAAUCCAAUCCUCUAUAAGACAGCAAGCCCAAGCUGAGAUACUCUUAUGUAAAAAGCUCUUUUCCUCCUAUACAUGCGUAGUUCUUUUUAUCUGAACGAUAAGUGUUACCGCCGUAUGUAAACUUAUUCCUUAGUGUAAUAAUAUCGAGCUUUCUUAUAUCACAAAAAAUUAUUUCCGUAUUACUGUCAGCCAGAAGAGCUCGUUGUUCUUAUCCAAUUGCAGAAAACGAGAUAACUUUGCCAGGCAACUAAGUGAAAAGGAGUUUGAAAGAUAAACCUGGAAUAUAUAUUUAUCAGCCCAUGCUUAAAGUUUUUUUUAAUGCAUUAAGCUUUAAGAUUACCCAGGAAACUUGGGCAUGACCUAUUUCAUACUCAUACAGUCCAAAAAAUAUUUAUUUAUGAAAAUCUCCUCUAUCCCAAUAUAAUAAUAAUUAAAGAGUAUCAUGGCUGAUGGAGUCAAUUUUGUUUAAAAAAAUCCAUAUGGAGACUUAGGUCAUUCUAAGUAAAUCUUAGGAUAAAAUUCUUUGAAAAGAUUGAAUGUAGGAGCUUAUUUUUUCGUUACAAUCUUUGAGUUGAAAUUUUACUUGUGUCAUCAGCAACCAUGUAAUUUUUAACUUUAAAUUCAUGUUUCUCCAAAUCAGAAAGUGUUUAUCGGAGUUAGUGCCAGUAUAUAAGAACAAAUAUUAAACAAACAAUCUUUGUAUCGAUAUCCAUGCUGUAAAGAUUAUUUACAUUUGUUUGUACAUUUUUACUUGCCUUUAUGAAAGGUACUGUUAUUAUUUUUAUAAAAUUAAACCAUUCGUAUUAUCAAA